AUGGUGGAGCGGCGUAGAGUCAAGGCAAACAAGGCCAGAGCUGCUGUGCAGCCAGAGUCAGUGUCACGUGACGACCCGUCGUCGCGAGUCACACCGCCCGAGGACAUCAAUGCCAGCCAUGGGGCUUGGUUGGUGCCGAGCGCAGUAGCUCUCUUCCUGUUGCAGGCCGUUAUCUUUUGCGCCACCGCCCAUGCAAGCGUGCCCGGCGGCGAUUCGGGCGAGCUUCUGGCCGUGGCCUGUGUAGGCGGCGUGGCCCAUCCACCUGGCUACCCACUGUUUACCAUGCUCUAUGGUGCUUUCAUGCGAGCGCUACCACAAUUGGGCACCCCGGCCUAUCGGGCGAACAUUUUAACGGCCCUCCUCGCUGCAGACGUUACUGGUGGUGUGGUUGCCGUUGCGCUCUUCUCGUUCAGUCGCCUCACCUGGAUGUACUCAACGGCUGCCGAAGUCUUUGCCCUGAACAAUCUGUUGCUGGCCGGUCUUCUCUGUGCCACCUGCUACUACUUUGAGGUGCCGGAGGUGGCAAGCAGCCUCUGGCGUCGAGCCGCGACCUUUCAGCCGUCCACGGCUCAGCGCGCCUUUCAUAUCGCCUGCGCCGGUGCCUUUGUGGCCGGCUUGGCUACCAGCAACCAGCACACGAGCGUUCUCUACCUGGCACCAUGCGUUCUGGCUGUGCUUUGGGCUGGGCGUAGCUUUCUCUGGACGCCACAACGCCUUUUGUAUUUCCUGCCGCAGACGCUGGGCUUGUGUGGUCUGGUGGGCCCCGCCACCUACCUCUACCUUCCCUUUUCUGCCUGGCGCAACGAGGCCAAGCUCACUUGGGGGGACCAGCGCACGUGGAGUGGCUUUUGGCGCAUUGGACGAGCCCUGGCCCUGGUAUUGCUAGCCUCCAUGGUGACGGUUAAUUACCAGGCCCGCGACGAGAGCCAGAACACGGCCUUUCGUAACUUUGGAAGUGCUCUUCUGGAUGGGCUUCCCCAUGACAGCAUCCUACUUACCAUGGGAGAUCUCCCUGGCAAUGCAGCUCGCUAUAUGCACCUGUGCGAGAAUCGCCGUCCCGACUUGCACAUAUUGGAUCUGGAGAUGAUGACCUUUGAGUGGUAUGUGCCGAUGUUGCGGCGUCACGAGCCGGAUCUCGUAUUUCCAGGCAAAACACCCGUCUACCGCUUUGGGGACGAUCAUUUCGAUAUGCUCAAGUUUUUGGACGCUAAUUACGAUCAGCGGCCCAUUUUUGUGUUUGAAAACAUGAACGUGGACGAUCAUACCUAUCAGAACAAAUAUCGCGUGUGGCACUAUGGCAUGGCUUACCGUGUCGUUCGACAUGAUUUUCCACUGGACGUGGGCGCAUGGCUACGCAACGCUUCCGCCGCCGUUCCAAAUUAUACGCCCCCACCGGCUGACCGUUACGAUGAGCGCACCUGGGAAAACGUCGUGCGCCAGGGCUAUGAAUCCUAUGGCGUGUUUUUAUCCAUGUUCUUUGAGGACAUUGCCAAAGGGCAGAGUGAGAGCUCAGCACAGGCUGCCUGCUACCGAGCUUCGAUGGAGGAAACGGUGGCUGGUCGGGCCAUCCCUGCCUAUUGGCACAAGAACUAUGGGGUUGUCGCUAGCAAGCUCGAGCCCCUGGCCACUGGAAAGGAGCGGGAGACUGCCACGGCGACCAAAUUGGAGCAGUGGCGUCGCUACUACUUGAGUGGGGCCGACGAUCCACAACUUCCAGUCAUCAAAAACAUAUUAACACAAGCCCAGAUCCCAUUAUAA